GCUUCCUGGACACCAGAGAAACCUAUAGAGUAAUUCAGAGCGGAUCAGCAGUAUAGGCUGGGGGGGACAAGGAUAUUUUGCCGUCUCAGAGGGAUCUCCCUGUACCCAGCUGGUGACAACCCCCCUCCUGUGGAUAGCACAGCCCCUCUCUCUGUGCAGUCUGACAUGGGAUUCGCACAGUCCAGAUCUCUGGAAACCCAGGAACUUGUGGAGAAGACAGGCUUCUCAGCAGAACAAAUCGAACAUUUACACAGACGCUUCAACUAUCUCAGUGGGAACGAGUCAACUGUCAGAAAACAUAACUUCGAAAAUGUUUCAGAUCUGAAAAACAAUCCAAUUCAAUCAAGAAUCGUCAAUGCCUUUUUUGACAGACGGAACUUGCACCUGGGAUCUGCUGGGUUUGUAGAAGAGAUAAACUUUGAACAGUUUCUGACCAUUAUGUCCUAUUUCCGCCCCAUGGGUGAGAAGAGCGAUGAGGAAAAUGUGCGUUCCUGCCGGAAAUAUAAGCUGCGGUUUCUUUUCAACAUGUAUGAUACGGACAAUGACAGCAAAAUUACGUUGGAUGAAUACAGAAACGUGGUGGUAGACCUGUUAACCAGAAGUCUCUCUGAUGGUCUCAGUGAAAAUGUAAACAAUCAAACGGAAUUGGCCAAGUCUAUCGCAGACGGAGCAAUGUUGGAAGCUGCCAGCUUGUGUGUGGGGCAAAUGGAGCCAGACCAGGUAUAUGAAGGUAUCAAUUUUGAAGAUUUCCUUAAGAUUUGGGAGCGUAUUGAUAUUGAAACUCAGAUGCACGUCAGAUUCCUAAAUCUGGAUACGUUACCAUCCUGCCACUGAUGACAACUACUUACACAUUUUGGGGAUAGUCUAAGGAUGAUUACUCACACAUUGUAAUGAAUCAAUUAUUUAAAAAAAACACUAUAGGGUCAUAAACACAAAUGUGUAUAUUCCUGACCCUAUAGUGUUAAAACCACCAAUGUAAAAUGUACCUUAUCUCCAGCUUUGCAUGGGUCUGCUGGUGCUUGCCCUGCCCUGAUCCGCCUCCUUGGUGACAAUCAGAAUUGAUGAUCUUAGCCAAUCCAAUGUGUUCCUAUAGGAAAAGCAUUAGAUAGGCUGAGAUCUUCAAGGAGACGAGGCGAGACCAA